AUGCCCGCCACCGUGGGCAAGUCGUUACGCGCGGCUACCGUGCUGUCCGUGGCGGUCCUGUCCGUGCUGGUGUGCUUGCUUCUCGGCAGCGUGCACCACCUCGGGAGCGUCCAAGAAGACCCGGACGAAGAGUUGACCUCGCUCCGCGCGGCGUUGAGCCACCAACUGGCGCAAAGACGCCAAGAAAUUAUUCCUCUGCUCUCCCCUGGACGAGACGAGGAACCGUACUCCACUUGGGAGUCCUUUCUGCGGGACGAACUCACGCGUGGCCCCGGCGCGGGGGCUCCGCUGGGUUGCGGGGCUCUGCGGGAUAUGCAGCCGCUGGAGGUGCUCGGCUCCGGGUACACCAAGCUGGUGGUAAAGGUGACGCUGGCCGGAGGAGAGCCGGUGGCCCUCAAGAUGGUCAACGAGAACGGCAUCGACAUGGGCAAGUGCGUGGAGGGAUUUAAGGACCCCCACGGAUGCCGUCAACUGGUUUCAUCCAAAAUCGGCAAGGAAGUUGUCCUCCUGCACAGGCUGCGGCAUCCUAACGUCAUCAAGUUGCGCGGUCACUGUGUCGGAGACGCGGGAGGCCGGGUGACCGUCAUCUUGGAGCAAGGGACCCCUCUCCAGAUGCUCCGUCUGCUCCAGAGCCCCUGGGAGGACCGCUUCAGGGUGUGUCUGGACCUGGUUCGCCUCCUCCAUUUCCUGUCGCGCUCUCCGCUCGGAUCAGUGGCUCUGCUGGACUUUCAGCCCCGCCAAUUCGUCAUGGUGUCGGGCGAGCUCAAGCUCACUGACCUGGACGACGCCAGCGCGGCCGAUACGCCCUGCGGCCGCGAUGCUGACUGUUCCCUGCAGUUUCCGCACCGAAAUUUCACCCUGGCCUGCUCGGCCCGCGGAGUUUGUGAGGGACUCAAUGAGAAGAUGAACAUUUACAAUGCUUACAGGUACUUUUUCACCUACCUGCUCCCUCACCAGGCCCCGCCCGGCCUCACACACCUGGUAGAGCGCAUCAUGAACGCCACAGGCGAGCUAAAAGCCGACAUCAACGAGACGCUAGAUGCUUUCGAGCAAAUCCUGCAACUCUACCAGUCUGGCCUGCACCUGGACAAGCUGCCUACAUCCGCACUACGAGACUACAACGUGACGCGAGGCAUGACGACAUCGGGGAACCAGGACUACCGCUGCUGGCCUUCCUACAGCCAGCAAGGCUGCGUGCUGUCGGUUCACAGCGCCAAAGAGGCGGCGCACAUAUGCAACUCGCACUCGCAGUGCACCAGCUUCACUUUAACCGGACAGAAAACAUGGACAGGUCGCCCUCUGGCCACUUUCCGGAGCAACUUCAGUCUUUUGGUGCCCGACCAAACCUCUGAGGUGUACGUGAAGAAAAGCGCAGCCGUGUAA